AUGACAGUCAACCCCGCCUCCAGCCCCAACAGCCAGACGAUCCAAUCACUUGGGUGCACUCGACUGCUCUGGUUCCCGCUUUCUCUUUCAUCACUCCUAGUAUCACAAAAAACAGUCACCUCCGCCAUCGUUAACCAUUUCGUGAAAUCGACGAGGCAUUUCCUGAUGCGAACCCCUUGUUAUGGGGAGGAACAGGCGCAUAGGGAGCUGAUGAGGUGGGUUGAAGCUCUUGACGCACGCGUGUCCCCGGCCUUAAUCCUCGUCAUCUACCACCAUUUCGAAAGACCACCGCCGACUCUCUCUUCUACGUUCACGCAAACCUCAGUUUCGGCAGGGAGCAGCAGCGCCGCUUUGUCGUGGAAGAGCGUGACGCAGGCGCAAGGUUGUUCUCGAGGAGCGCCGACGAAGGGAGAGGCGGAGGAAGAUGAGGAGAAGCGGCGGAGGAGGCAUUCGAGUGAGCCCUCCGUUGCUGCUUCUGCGAAUCAGGUGUUUGAGAGGGAGAGGAUGGGAGGAGGGUAUCAUGUUCGAGUGGUUGAUCUGGCUUUGCUUGCGACGAUGGAGAUGGGGAAUUCGCGGGUUGUGCUUGAGUUUUGGAGUUCGCGAAGUCAGCCUAGCGCGGAUUUGAGGUUUUCUAAGGAUGGGUGUUCGUGUUAUUCCGAGGGACGGGCAUCUUAUCACGGUGUUUCGCUACGCCCGACUCCUGCGGUUCUUUUUGGCGGUAGGGGAGCGGCUACUUCGCCUCAUGAUUACGCGGAUUCGCAAACGGGAACUCCCCUCUCCACAAAACCAGCUGAACUCGGUGGCUGUCAGCAUGCAAACGGCGUCAUCCAGAUGGCGUCGGGGUUGAAAUGCAGCACCGGCUGCGCAGCUUGCUGGCUAGAUAACAACAGCAACGGUGCGGACACCAAGUUUACAUGCACUGGAGAUUGGGGGGUUCUUUGUGGCGGUUUAUGUCCGAGUGGCUACAAUAGCAUACACUGCGCCAAGAUCGAACGUUGCCUUGCGGUAGCCUUCAGACUAACAUCUAUUGCGGAUCGCUCGAUGGAAGUGGAGCAUGUCAGACCUCCUGAUUCCUGA